AUGGGUACCGAUGGCCCACCUUCGGUGGUCAACCUCAUCCAGUCUGCCUUGAACCAUACACGAAAGACAGAACAAAGGGUGAGUACAGUUGCACGCAACAAGAAGGAGCGUGCAAUGCUUUGGGACAAAUACCACGAGGACAUGAAAGUCGCAUAUGCCCGGGAACAUGCCAGAUACCUGAAAGAUAUGGAGAAGUUGGAGCAGGACUUGGAGAAAGCCUUGAUCGAACAGGAAGUGUCAAGAAGGGCACUCCUGGAUGUCCACACGAAUGGCGCGCCUACCAUCGCCAAGGAAGAGGACACCAAGGUCGAUCGAAUGUUCGAGGCUUGGCGAAACGAGGAACAAGACGAUGCACAAGGGAUUCUCCAACGUGCUUUGACGGCAAGCGCGGCUCAGGUUCAUGCCCAGAGACAGGCUGGGCAAGGAGUUGGCACACCCACCUUCGGGGGAGCUCCACCCAGUGUUCUUGACUCGCGGACUCCCAGACUCAGAGAUGCCGGCGGCUCCUCCAGGGGAAUGGCCGCAUAUGCCUCAGAUGACUGCGCAUGCAUGGCCGACAAUGGGGAGCAGUCAAUGGUUGGUGCGGCCGACGAGCUCGCACAGCGUCUUGCUGUCAAGCGAGCAAUGGAGCCUUUCGGAGGAGCACAAGCAGACAAAGUGGGUCCCCUAAACCAGAUCAACCCCACAAAGCCUCCGGUCGCUACUCUCAUCGACGACGACGACACGCAAAAAGACAAGGACGAGCAUGCUGGGACCAGAAAGGACGGAAACGAGGGAGAGCCAACGUGA